AGAUGUGGGUUUAUCUUCCGUGGUUUUCAGUGCAGCUCUGAUGUGCAAACCUGCAAUUGUGUGUAUGUUGAUUUUGUCAUGUAUCACCAGCCUGUGCUGAAGAACAGGCGCACUCUUCUCGAGAGGGCAGAGAAAUUUAUUUCUGAUAUAUAUUUCACAGACUGCAAUCUGAGAGGACGACUCUAUGGAGAAUCUUGCCCGCUGGAAUCCCUCUCCUCUUUCCUUUCCCCUAAAAGGAUCACAUUCACUGAAGCCUCCAAGCAGAACUUUGCACCUUAUAAAGUUGGCAAUACCUUUGGACCGACGUGGUGGACUUGCUGGUUUAAAGUGACCCUGAAAAUCCCUGAGUCCUGGAAAGGAAAAGAGGUCCAUCUUCUGUGGGAAAGUGAUGGAGAAGCAAUGGUUUGGAGAGAUGAACAGCCAGUUCAGGGCCUGACUAAAGAUGGUGAAAAGACAAGUUAUAUCGUAACUGACUGCCUCAAAGAGGAAGAACCACACAGUGUCAUCCUUUAUGUAGAAAUGGCUUGUAAUGGGCUUUUUGGAGCUGGUCAAGGGUCCAUGAUUGCAGCCCCAGAUCCAAGCAGGAAGUUUUCUGUACAGAAGGCUGAGCUGGUGAUAUUUAACCGGGAUGUAAGGGAGCUGGUGACUGAUUUCGAGAUGCUUGUCGACAUUGUAAAGGAACUCGGAGAGGGAGAGCAGCGAGGCUACCAGGCACUCUUUAUUGUUAAUGAGAUGGUGAACCUCUGUGACCCCUCUGAACCCAGCUCUUUCUCCAAAGCACACAGUCUGGCUCACAACUUCUUCAGCCAAAGGAAUGGACAAAGCCAGCACACUGUGCAUGCAAUGGGCCAUUGCCACAUAGACUCAGCCUGGCUGUGGCCCUAUGAAGAGACCAUUCGUAAAUGUGGCCGAAGCUGGGUGACAGUGAUUCGACUGAUGGAGAAGAACCCAGAUUUUGUGUUUACUUGCUCUCAGGCCCAGCAGUUCCAGUGGGUAAAGAACUGGUACCCGGGACUCUACUCCCAGAUUCAGCAUUAUAGCAAGAAAGGCCAGUUCAUUCCAGUUGGAGGAACAUGGGUGGAAAUGGAUGGCAAUCUUCCUUCAGGUGAAUCAAUGGUCAGGCAGUUCCUGGAGGGCCAGCACUUCUUUGAAAAAGAGUUUGGGAUCUUGUGCAAAGAGUUCUGGCUUCCAGAUACAUUUGGCUACUCUGCCCAACUUCCUCAGAUAAUGCAAGGCUGUGGAAUUGGCAAUUUCUUGACACAAAAACUCAGCUGGAACUUAGUCAACACCUUCCCUCACAACACUUUCUUCUGGGAAGGUCUCGAUGGCUCCAAGGUCCUAACUCAUUUCCCACCAGGAAAUUCCUACGAAAUGAAAGGCAAAGUCGAAGACCUGGUGAAAACUGUGAAGCACAACAAAGACAAAGGCAGAGCCAAUCACAGUGCAGUACUGUUUGGUUUUGGUGAUGGUGGUGGUGGACCCACACAACUGAUGCUAGAUAGACUCCAGCGGGUCCAGGACACAGAUGGACUUCCCAAGGUUCAGAUGUCGAGCCCUGACAAGCUCUUCUCUCAGCUUCAGCAUGACUCGGCUCUGCUGUGUACUUGGACUGGAGAGCUCUUCCUAGAGCUACACAAUGGCACCUACACCACACAGGCACAGAUUAAGCAAGGGAACCGCCAGUGUGAGAUUCUCCUUCACGACAUUGAGAUAGCCAGCAGCCUGGCGCUGUGUCGGGACAGGACUUUUCAGUAUCCCAUGGAGAAGCUGCGGGAGCUCUGGAGGCUGCUUCUUCUAAACCAAUUCCAUGACGUCAUCCCUGGUACUUGUACAGAGAUGGUUGUGGAGGAUGCACUCAGGUAUUAUGAAGAUAUCCGUAGUGAUGGUGCCGCACUGCUGCGUGAUUCCUGUGGUGCCUUGGUCUCAAAGGGCAACUCCACCGCUGUGUUCAACUCUCUGCCGUGGGAGCGCCAGGAAGUCAUCCAGAUUCAAGAUGGCACUGGUAAACCUGGUCUGGCUCUGGUGAGAGUCCCCAGCAUCGGUUUGACUCCUGUCAAAGACACUCAGCCUGUUACUCCAGUCUGUGUUACUGCUCAGGCUGAUGGCACUGUUGUCAUGGAAAAUGGGAUUUUACAGACCGUCAUCAAUAAAGAUGGCACUUUGGCUUCACUGUUUUUGAUGAAUGCAAACAGAGAAGCUAUCUCUGAUAGCUGUCAUGGCAACCAGUUUGUCAUGUUUGAUGAUGUCCCCCUGUACUGGGAUGCCUGGGAUGUAAUGGACUACCACCUUCAGACAAGGAAGCCGGUGCUGGAGGUGGUGCAGCCCGUUCACGUGGUGUCCUCAGACGGGCUCCAAGGCAGAGUCAGCUUCACUCUGAGGAUCAGUGACAAGAGCACUAUCACACAGGAGAUUGUCAUGGACGCCAUGUGUCCUUACAUCAAGUUUAACACACAGGUGAAGUGGGCAGAGUCACACAAGUUCCUUAAGGUGGAAUUCCCUGUGCGAGUACGCAGUCCCAACGCUACAUAUGAGAUCCAGUUUGGCCAUCUGCAGAGACCCACACACAGGAAUACUUCAUGGGACUGGGCCAGAUUUGAGGUUUGGGGUCACAAAUGGACCGAUCUGUCAGAGCACAAUUUUGGAGUUGCACUGCUGAAUGACUGCAAAUACGGCUAUUCAGUACACAGGAACACAAUGACACUAUCCCUGCUUAGAGCACCGAAGGCCCCAGAUACCAAUGCUGAUAUGGGGACUCAUCAUUUAACUUAUGCAGUCAUGCCACACACAGGUUCCUUCCAAGAUGCCUCUGUCAUCCAGUGUGCAUACAACCUAAACUUCCCUUUGAGGCUGAUCCAGUGCUCUCUUGACACUUUGCCCUUUAGUGCCUUUUCCAUCAGCACCACAGCAGUCAUUCUUGAGACUGUUAAACAGGCAGAGGACAGGAAGGGGGUGUUUGUUGUUAGACUAUACGAGUCGCACGGAAGCAGCGUGACUGCAACUCUCAGCACGACCCUUCAAAUCAGGGAAGCCUGGCAUUGUGAUCUUUUGGAGAAACAAGACCCCACCCAGCCAGCACAUAUAACAUCAGAUGGAAUCACUCUGAACUUCAGCCCCUUCCAAAUUGUGUCACUUCUUCUUAUUUUUUAAUUAAUGUGUAAUUCACCCCUCCGGGU